AUGACGUACGCUCAGGAUCGGACGUUGCUCCAAAAAUUGUCUGCGUCUCUCAAAACGUACAUGAAGUUCAUUGGUCCUGGUCUUAUGGUUUCCGUGGCAUAUAUGGAUCCAGGAAACUACUCCACGGCCGUGGCGGCUGGAUCUGCGUAUCAAUAUAAACUUCUUUUUUCUAUUCUUCUAUCGAAUUGUCUCGCGGUGUUUCUCCAGAUUCUUGCGGCAAAGCUAGGGGCUGUCACAGGAUUGGAUUUGGCAGCCAACUGCAGGGAAAACCUACCGCCGAAAUUGAAUUUGUUCAUAUACGUAUUGGCAGAAAUAGCCAUCAUUGCAACGGAUCUCGCCGAGGUCGUGGGUACGGCCAUUGCACUUAACAUUCUUUUCCACAUUCCGUUGGUGGCUGGAGUUCUCCUAACAGUAGUCGAUGUGAUUGUUGUUCUCAUGGCGUAUAGACCAAACGGCCCGCUUUUGUUCGUGCGCUUAUUUGAGUUGUUCGUUUCUUUUCUAGUUAUGGCCACAGUUGUAUGCUUUGCCGUUGAACUCUAUCAGGUCUCGAAAGAACCUCAUUUCUCUGCUAUAGAGGUGAUGAAGGGCUUCUUACCCAGCGAAGAGGUCAUCGAUACAGAACACAAUGGCUUGUAUUUGAGUUUAGCCAUUUUGGGUGCGACGGUGAUGCCCCAUUCCUUGUACCUUGGCUCAGGCUUGGUCCAAGCUCGUUUGAAGGACUACGAUAUCAAACAUGGUUACCAUGUUCCUGCUCUUAAGAAGCCUUCUAAUCCAGAAAACCCCCAAGAAGAGCCUUUCAUAGGGGAACAGCAUCAGGUCGAGUCAAAUGAUCUGGAAGAUCUCGAGUAUCGCCCAUCCAUCCAUGCUAUAAAAGAUACCAUGACCUACACCAUCAUGGAGCUCGUGAUUUCAUUGUUCACCGUGGCGCUUUUCGUAAAUGCUACCAUUCUUAUUGUUGCGGGUGCAACAAUGGACCAUCACAGCUCCAGAGAUGAUGAUUCGGAUGACGAGUCCGACGCAGAUCUAUUCACUAUUUAUCGUUUAUUGACAGUCCAUCUCUCUCCAAGCGCGGGCACAGUCUUUGCGUUAGCGCUUCUUUGUUCCGGUCAAAGUGCUGGUGUUGUGUGUACAUUGGCAGGACAAAUGGUCCUGGAAGGGUUUUUGAACUGGAGUUUCUCGCCGGUAGUCAGACGCUUGAUUACCCGUGCUCUUGCGAUUGCGCCAUGUCUAUUUGUCGUGAUGUUCCUCGGAAAAGAGAGUCUCGCCAAAACGCUUAACGGAUCACAAGUGGUUCUUUCAGUGCUUUUGCCUGUGGUCACUGCUCCACUUAUCUGGUUUACCUGCUCCAAAAAGAUUAUGCGCGUCCCAAUUCAUACCAGGCAGAGCGAUGAUCUAAGUAUUCUUCCAGAACACUCAAGCGAGACAGAUACACAGCGUACUCUCGCCCAUGGUGAUUCCAACUCGCCACAUCGGUUUCAGGCUACCGAGCCAGCCAUUAGACUCCAAAAUUUGCGCAAGGCACAUCCUUGUGCCGGGUGGGAAGACGGAGCUGAAGAUGAGAGUCAGCAGCAGAGAUACGAGCAGCGGCUUCUCUGGCCGAAUGAGGAGAUCGAAUCUCCUCGCUUGUCGCUAGAAAGACCAAGUUACGUUGCUGAUUCAAGUGACGAAGACACCAUUCAUAUCAGUGGCCAUUCGGAUAUGAGUAACGGACCAGUCACCACAUUUUUCGCCAUUACUGUUUGGGGAUUCGUGACCUGUCUCAAUCUCUAUCUCGUGGCCAGUGUCUUCUGGGACUAA